GGUAGACAUGGGUCCGUGCUGAAAUAGAGAGAGAGAAAAAAAUACCGUGCGCAGAACGGAAAACUUGCCGGGUGCAAAAGUUUUUUUUGUAAGCGUCUGCAUAGUUACGGGUUGGGUGAAACAAUGAAAGGCUUGUUUUCCUAUUCUCGAGAACUUUCGGCUUAGCUCGCCUCCUUCUGCUCCCAGCCCCUUUUAUUUUGUUUUAAAUUCCGGCCGUUAUUUUAAACGUUAAACGGCCCUUUGUUCCUUGGAACGGUUGUGUUUUUUUUGGGUUGGCCGCUCGUUUGCUGUCAGACUGCAGAAAGAUGGACUGCGAGCCGAACCGGGCGCGCCUGAUGUGCAUGUUGUGGCUGACAUUCGGCUUCUUCGUGGUGGAGGUGGUGGUGAGCCGGCUGACCAGUUCGCUGGCCAUGCUGUCUGAUUCCUUUCACAUGCUGUCAGAUGUCAUCGCCCUAGUGGUGGCCCUCAUCGCCGUGCGAUUCGCCGCCAAAACCCAGUCGACUGCCAAGAACACGUUCGGCUGGAUCCGCGCCGAGGUGAUGGGCGCGCUAGUCAACGCCGUCUUCCUUACGGCGCUCUGCUUCACCAUCGUGCUGGAGGCCAUCGAGCGCUUCAGCGAGCCGCGGGAGAUCCAGAACGCGUUGGUGGUGACCGGAGUCGGCGCCGCCGGGCUCCUGGUCAACCUCCUGGGACUCUGCAUGUUCCACGGCAGCGGUGGUGCCGCAGGCGGAGGAACGGCCCACGGCCACUCGCACUCUCACUCGCACGUCUCCAGCUCGGAGAGCGGCAGCCAGUGGCUCCGCAAGAAGAAGAGGGCCGAAGCCGAGAAGUUGUCCGGCAACGGGACGAGCGUCCGCGACCAGGAGGAGAUCAACAUCCUAGUCAGCGGUAGCACCAUCAACGGUGUCAACCCCGACAAGCAGGAUGUAUUCGAUCUACUGAGAGACAAUAGUAUGGAAGGUCUACAGCUGAAUGGAAUUUCUGUUCUCGACGACCAUCGUGAUGAAUUUGGAGAUGUAGACAAUUCUGCAUCGCAACUGAACAUGCGUGGUGUAUUUCUCCAUGUGUUGGGAGAUGCCCUGGGCUCUGUUAUUGUGGUGGUAAAUGCUCUGAUAUUUUACUUUGUUUGGAACCCAUGUCCUGAAAAUGGCCCAUGCAUUAACGUGUGUCUACAUGAUCAUUGUGUUGAUCGAGAACAUCUAAAUGGCACACAGUCAAACAUAUCUGAAAAUAGUAAAAAUAUUCCAGAAGCUGGACCCUGUUGGGUACUGUUCUUGGAUCCUACUUUAUGCUGUAUUAUGGUAUGUAUUUUGCUCUACACCACAUAUCCUCUUCUGAAGGAAUCUGCUCUUAUUCUGUUACAAACAGUCCCUAAACAAAUAGAUAUGGAAUUAAUAAAUGAGAAGCUGCGCAACUUGGAAGGUGUACUUGCUGUACAUGAGCUUCAUGUCUGGCAGUUAGCUGGUAGUAGAAUUAUUGCAACAGCCCAUAUUAAAUGCCGGGAUCCAACUGCUUAUAUGGAUGUAGCAAAACGCAUUAAAGACUUCUUCCAUGAUGAAGGAAUCCAUGCCACAACCAUCCAACCGGAAUUUGCUUCAGUAAACUCUGAAUCACGUAUUUCCCUUUGUGAACUGCCAUGCAAGACUCAGUGUGCCUUAAAGCAGUGUUGUGGUAACGGCGAGAAGUCCUCCAGUGAUUUAAAGUUGGAAACUCCGUCCACUCAUUCUCUUGAGGUCAUCCGGGAAUCUCCUGAACAUCCCAAUAUGAGGACUCAAAGAAAUGAGACUUGCAGCAAUCCAGUGAAAAACAAAGACACACAAUAUGAAUCAGCUGUGUAAAUUUAGCCAGUCUAUUUUAAGUGAUGUGGUACUUUAUUGACAAAAUGUUGGGGUUGUCAACUGGAAUUGAUUGACACAGAGCUGAAAUAACCAUGGUGGAUAACAAAUGUUAUUGAACUUGUUCCAUGGCUCCCUGAUUUAUAUGGCACAUUCCAAAGCAAACUCGUGGACAGCUGGUCAGAAUCUACUUGAAUCUGUUAUCACAGCUUUGGAACAAGCAAUGUGGAUAGUGCAUCACUGACUGUGUCAGCAGAAAAAUGUAUUUAAUUAUUAUUAAAGGCUGUAACAGUUUUGGAAAAUUUUAGGUUUUUCUAUAAACACGUUUAUAUUAGUUUGAUGUAACAGUUUUACAUCAACAUGCAAAACUCCUUGUCUCCACCAAUUUGAGUUGCUGCUAUAUAAAACUAGGGGAGGUGAUGGAGGGUUGUGGUGUGAAAAGCAGUCCAUUAAAUCCAGAAUGUUAAAACCUAAUAAUUGGUAUUAUGUGUGGAUAAUUUUGCUUUGGUGUGGUUAAAAUGUGACCUUUUUAUCCUCUCUGGCUUAAAUUGCAUUGUUCUAAAUUAUUAGAUAGCAGAAAUGUAUUUGAUAGUGAUCUGAGUUAACUCUUGCAUCAAUUCAGUUAAUUAUAAUCGGUAUUUGUGAGUAAUGCUUCAACACUCUUGCAUUUGUCCCCCAGCCAAUAACUUGUUUCUGUCUAUUUGAGGAAUGUCCUUCUGGACCAAUGAUUUGUUUUUAAAAACAAAAAAUAUAUGUAUACAUUGAA